CUUUUCGGAUUUUCAUUUAGAAUCAACUUUCCUCUACGACUAAAGGCUCUUCCAAGAGAGACUAUGCUAACAAUUAAACUACUUGGAGCAAACAGUACCUCUAAAAAUACAGACGUGCUUGCUUGGACAUGCUGCCCAUUGUAUCCCAAACAGUGA